GCUCCCUGAACCGAGGUCCGGUUCGUCUACGUGUGGACUACACUUCCCACAAUGCCUUCGGCCCAGCUUCCCUCCCGCCGUCUGGAGGAGCGCUGUACCCGCCAAUAGAAAAGCAGGAUUUCCAAGGGCCGUUCUCCGUGACCAAUGAGCUCGGCGGUGGGUGGAUCCCUCCCGUCCAUUGUUCUCGGUGCCCCGCCGGCUGGAGCAGUGGUGAAUCCCGAGGGGCCGGGUCGUGCCUAGGGGCGCUUUUGGUCUCAGAGCAGCCGCCGGAGCAGAAUCUGGUCUUCGGAGAGCAGGACUGCUUGUUGAAAUUUGAGAAAGGAGGUUUCAUCUUAGGGAGUGGCUGGAGAACACUGAGGUUCAAGGGUUGAAGCCCAAGUGAUUGCCCCAAGAACAUCGAUGAUGGCUGCGGAGAUACCUAGAGUGACCACUCCCCUGAGCCCUUUGGUCCAGGUACCGCAAGGGGAAGACGAACAGGAGGAGGAAGUCACCACCAUGAUCCUGGAGGAAGACUCCUGGGUGCAGGAAGCUGUACUGCAGGAGGAUGGUCCUGAGUCUGAGCCCUUUUCCCAGAGUGCCAGCAAAGGCAGCCCCCAGGACGAAUUGGCCGGGGGGCCGCAGGGUGCACUCGGCCGCCUUCGAGAACUCUGUCGACGCUGGCUGAGGCCGGAGGUGCACACCAAGGAGCAGAUGCUGACUAUGCUGCCAAGGGAAAUUCAGGCCUGGCUGCGAGAGCAUCGGCCGGAAAGCAGUGAGGAGGCAGUGGCUCUGGUGAAAGACUUGACCCAGACCCUUCGAAACAGUGAUUUUGAGAUCCAGAGUGAAAAUGGGGAGAACUCUCAUCAAGACGUGUUUGAGGAAGUUGAAUCACAUGAGAUGUUCUCGGAAACGCCUGAAGGGGAAGGCAUUCAGCAAUGCGAUUGGGAAAGUGACUUUGAGAGAGACUGUGGCUCCAGGAGGCCCCAGGGAAACACUCCAGAUGAGGACUAUGUAAAGGUGCCAUCCCAGGGCAGGGAAGCUGGACAGCUCAUAGGCCUUCAGGGUACCUACCUGGGUGAGAAGCCCUAUGAAUGUCCCCAGUGUGGGAAAACCUUCAGCCGGAAAUCCCAUCUAAUUACGCAUGAGCGGACCCACACAGGAGAAAAAUACUACAAAUGUGAUGAAUGUGGAAAGAGCUUUAGUGAUGGUUCAAACUUUAGUAGACACCAAACUACCCAUACUGGAGAGAAACCUUAUAAAUGCAGAGACUGUGGGAAAAGCUUUAGCCGGAGUGCAAACCUUAUAACCCACCAGAGGAUCCACACAGGAGAGAAACCCUUUCAGUGUGCUGAGUGUGGCAAGAGUUUCAGCAGGAGUCCCAACCUCAUUGCUCAUCAGCGAACCCACACAGGAGAGAAGCCAUACUCAUGCCCCAAGUGUGGAAAGAGCUUUGGCAACCGGUCCAGCCUUAAUACACAUCAGGGAAUCCAUACUGGAGAAAAGCCCUACGAAUGUAAAGAGUGUGGCGAAAGCUUUAGUUACAACUCCAACCUAAUUAGACAUCAGAGAAUUCACACGGGAGAGAAGCCGUACAAAUGCACGGACUGUGGGCAGAGGUUCAGUCAGAGCUCAGCUCUUAUCACUCACCGGAGAACUCACACAGGAGAAAAGCCCUAUCAGUGCAGCGAAUGUGGGAAAAGCUUUAGCCGCAGCUCCAAUCUGGCCACACACCGGAGAACCCACAUGGUGGAGAAGCCCUACAAGUGUGGGGAGUGCGGCAAGACCUUCAGCCAGAGCUCCAGUCUGAUUGCACACCAGGGGAUGCACACAGGAGAGAAGCCCUACGAGUGCCUGACGUGUGGGGAGAGUUUUAGCUGGAGCUCCAACCUCAUCAAGCACCAGAGGAUCCACACGGGAGAGAAACCCUACAAGUGUGGCGACUGUGGGAAGUGCUUCAGCCAGCGCUCCCAGCUGGUGGUACACCAGCGGACCCACACGGGUGAGAAGCCCUACAAAUGCCUCAUGUGCGGCAAAAGCUUCAGCCGGGGCUCCAUUCUGGUCAUGCACCAGCGAGCUCACCUGGGAGACAAGCCAUACAGGUGUCCUGAGUGUGGGAAAGGCUUUAGCUGGAAUUCAGUUCUCAUUAUACACCAGCGAAUACACACAGGGGAGAAGCCCUACAAGUGCCCCGAGUGUGGCAAAGGCUUCAGCAAUAGUUCCAAUUUUAUUACACAUCAGAGGACUCACAUGAAAGAGAAACUUUAUUGAAGUGGCAAAGAGAGAAACUUUGGGGCUGGGGAACUGGCCCAGGAGAGGGAAUUGGUCCUAACACAUAAUAUAUCUGGUGUCUCGUUAAAAAGAGCCCUUCUUCCUAAAUGCUCUUUGGGAUUUUUGCCACAAUCUUAUCCCUGCUUGUCCUCAUUUCUAGAAUGCUGUCAUCUUAGUGGUCAAAGUAAAACCCACAUACAGAUUAAAGAACAGAGCAUAGGGAUUGAAAGUUGGAAAAGUUGGGUCUUUUUCUGUUAAAUUUCACUACUUGAUUGGCUCCCUCUUUCCUGAUUCCUCUGUGCCUCAGUUUCCCCUUUGGUGAAAUGGGGAAAUGUUUCUCCAUGUAUAGUGGAAGAUGGCAUGGCCCACAACAUGGGCUGAAUCCUCAGAGAAAUACCAGAAAUCUAUUCAUGUGGUUCUAGCUAUUUUGCCACCACUGUGUUUGGCAAAGGUACCUUCACCCCAAGCUGCUAGCAUUCCAGGGCCCCCUGCCUAAGUCAGAACCAGCCUUCCUGGAUUUAGCGUCCUGGGACUUGAUAUCAGGUCAGAGAGGAGGGGCUUCUCAAAUCCUGCAUCAUCCACAUGAAGGUAAAGCCCUUUUCUAUUUCCAGAAAGUGUCAGGAGCACAGAAACAUGAGGGACUGGAACUGGUGUCCUUUCCUUUGAUAAGAGUUGGACAGGGCCUCCCA